UGUCACACCCCUCGUUUCUCAUCAUUCUCUACUCUAGUACUCUAUUCUAUACCUCUCUUAUCUCUCUCUCUUUCUCCAUUAUCUUUUUCUUUACUGUCUUUCUCUCUAAACUUAAAGAAGAUCAAGAAGAGCUAGGCAAGAAAUUAAAGACAAUGGUAGGGGGGGAUUCAGUGCCAUUCCUGGUAAUGGUAUUUGUUCAAGUUUGCUAUGCGGGAAUGAAUAUUAGUUCAAAGCUUGCAAUGGAUACGGGGAUGAACCCACUUGUUCUUGUCGCUUACCGUCAAAUAUUUGCCACCCUUGCAAUCGCUCCCUUCGGUUAUUGGAUGGAAAGGAAAACCAGACCCAAGAUCACAUUUUCUGUUCUGUUCCAGAUAUUUCUUUGUUCUCUGACAGGGGCAGUAGCAAAUCAAGUGUUUUACUUUAUUGGUUUGAAAAAUUCAACCGCAACUAUUGGCUGCGCAUUGACAAAUAUACUUCCUGCUAUCACAUUUGUCCUUGCCGUCCUCUUCAGACAAGAAACUGCAGAGAUAAAGAAGAAAUCAGGGAUAGCAAAGAUAGCAGGAACAAUUGUAUGCGUAGGUGGAGCUAUGCUAUUAUCAUUCUACCAUGGACACACCAUAGGUUUAGGCCAAUCCAACAUCCAUUGGACAUACAUUGACAAAAUGGGGGGAGAUUCAAAUUCAACCACCAAAUCGAAUUUCAUCUUAGGCCCUCUUUUCCUAAUGCUAAGCACCGUUGGUUGGGCCCUCUGGUUCAUAAUCCAAGCUAGACUGAGUGAAAAUUUCUCAGCACCAUACACCAGCACAACUUUGAUGUGUUUCAUGGCCAGCAUAGAAUGUGGGGCAAUAGGCUUAUUCGUGGAGCACAACAUGUCGGGUUGGUCAUUGAGGAAUAACAUGAGGCUCUUCGCGUCUCUCUACGCGGGAGUUUUAGGCUCUGCAGUAGCAUUUUUUCUGACUUCGUGGAGUAUCCAAAGGAAAGGACCUCUAUAUACAUCAGUAUUCACACCCUUGCUUCUCAUUGUUGUGGCUAUAGUCAGUUGGGCCUUGCUUCGUGAGAAACUCUAUGUUGGAACUGCUGUAGGAUCUCUAUUAAUUAUCUGUGGACUGUACUCUGUUCUAUGGGGGAAGAAUAAGGAGAUGAAACAAGGAAAUAAGACCAUUGAAGAUCAGAUUAGUAAUGCAUCAAACUCGAAGAUAGAGGAAAAUGAUGAGAAGAACGACUUGGAAAUGCAACCUUAUGAUGUGCAGCAAUAUUCCAAUGGAAACCAAGUUAGAGAGGAGAAACAGUCUCAGUUUCUGUAACUUCGUUAUGUUCAUUUGUGAUACUAGUAAUGGUAGUAGUAGUAGGAGUGCCUGUUUUAAGUGUAAAAUGAGUUUCCAAAAUAAAUGGGGUUCUCUUUUUUGGGUUCCCAAAAUCUAGCUCGUUGAACACUUUUUAACAUUUUACUAAGAGGAGGAGAGGUUCUUUUGUACUUCA